GGUGAUGUACUUGUCGCGCAACUCGAGAUAGUGGUGUGGGCAUUGGUUGCAGUAGAAUGACAAGGCGCGAUCUGAUUGGUUAUGUAGGCGUGGCUAAUCUCGCGUGAUAUGUGACAAGGCCUCCAUCCUGAACUCAUCGGGUAUUGUCUCCCGAAAUUAAUACGUGAUUCCCCGACGAGUUCCGGAUGGCAAGGUAUUGUGAUUGUGAUAAACAUGGCUGCUCGAAUUGCAAGUGAUAACUUUAUCGAGUCGAUUGACCCCGGCCUCCUUCCUUAUAAAGAGGAAAUAUACCGCCAUGCGGUUAGUAGCGAAGAGACAUUGAGAUUUUUGCGCCCACGUGAGGUUAGGGAGAUGGCUAUCCCCGAAGUCUACAAGAGAAUGUUAAUCGAUCGCAUCGUCAAAUUACAAACACCAGAAAGCAAAAUCAAAAUGAAGUCGGAGGCAGGUAGCCCCGAUGGUGCUCCAACCAUGGCGAAGCAACCAAAACGACUUGACUUUGAAACACACGAAGUCGAUAAAAACCAAAAGAAAGUUGGAGACAGCGAUAGGUUUGAUAGCAGUACCCGACGACCUGACACUCCUAAUGUCAAUGAUAAGAAUUAUCUCGACAACGAGUUAGAUAAACUUAGGGAUGAACGGGACUCUCUUCACAUUCUUCUCGUCCAUAGAAAGAACAGUCUCAAAGACUUACAUGUCGUACCGGAUUCGUUACAUCCAGUGGCGAUCCCGGGGGGAGUGCUUACCAAAACAGUGUGCGACAAGUGCCAUCAUAGGGGACACAAGGCCACGGGAAAUAGGGGCGGAAGGGCGUGCCCAUUUGACAAAUGCCUUGGUUACAACUACUGUGGCAUUUUGGCUAAACACAAAGAUUACAAGGCCAUGAUCCAAGAGGCCGAGAAAGAAGUCGCUGCUUUAGAGAAGGAUGUCAGAAUAAACGAAGAUAAAAUCAACGGCCUGCAGACUUUCCUUCAGACAAACACAACAAAUUUUGUGAAGAUGGUAAAGCCCAGAUUACAAUUAGCAUUUCUUGCCAAAUACAAGGGGAAAGAUGGUAACCAACUACUACAAAGAGAUCUUCGUUACAUCAAACUUGCUACACAGGGGAAAAUCCCUAGCAACAUAACUUCAAUUAGCCCAGCAGAAUUGGAAAAUUUGAUUAAAAAUGGAAAGAAAACAGUUUCUGCAAAAUUCAAACUUGACAAUUAUGAGAAGCCAGUUUGUUUCUCUGAAACCAGUGGAAGAGAUUCACAAGAAACAAAUGAGGUCAUUCAGGUCAAUGAAAGUGAUUCAAGAUUGUAUUCUUAUGGUUCACCAAGUUUAUUGUCUCCGGCAAAUCUGGGUAUCUACAGCUACAACUCUCCUCAGCAGCAGCCAUCUCAAUUAUAUCCAUAUUGGUACACUGCAUAUAACCCUGGGGUGUGGUAUGGAACUCCUGCCAGCCAGCCAUCAGCAUGUACAGCUACGGUUUCCAAAGCUCCAGAGACCGAAAAUGAGAUUUUCCCACCACUCCCACCUGAAGAAUAUCCACCCCUCCCCCCUCUGCCUCAAGAAAAAUGUGACAAUUGAUCAUGAUUGUUUUACUUCAUAUAAAUCAUUUGCUCAUUCCUUAGCAAUUAUAACUCAAAGAUAUUUUUUCAUUUAUCCAAGGAGGAAUUAAAAUAAUGAGAAAUUUGUUGAUUGCAUUAGAAUCUGAAUAUUUUUUAUAUACUUGGUAGCAAGUACAAUUAAUAUAAAUAUGUACUAUGCUCAAAACAAAUGAUAAUGACUUUCGUGGUUCUUACACUUGUAGUUGUAUGCUUUGUUAUGAUGUAACAUUGACCUCUGGGUCCUUUUCAUUUACAUAUGUGUACAUGUACAAUGUACCUUUAUCCAUGUAGUAGUUAAGUCCAAUAUUUUAUUUUAUUUAUUUGUUUUCUAAAGUUUGGAUUAGGUAUUUUUUGAUGAUGAAACUCAAAUGUUGAAAACUUGAAUUUAUUUUCUUUAAACAUUCAUUGUAUUAUAAUAUAUUUGGUAACUGUGUUGCUUUUUAUAGCUCACCUGAUUCAGAGAACUGGUGAUCAGACUAUUUUUAUUUUACAACUAUUAAAUGUCGCACUGUAAAGAAUUAGCUUCAUUCAAAAUAAACCUUUCUAGUGCAUGAAA